UCUGCACUUCCUUCUUCCGUUGCUAAGCGCUUGUUGUUGCAUCAGGUGUUGGUUUUGAGUUGUUGUGGGCUGAUUAGCGCCUCGAAACGAACUGAAAUAUUAAUCAUAGAAGCUUGAGUCUUUUCAGCAUUAUUUUUACAGUCUUUUUCAGUGUGUUAAGAAUGUCGUCGAUCAUAAACACUGUACAAGCGGAGUGCAACGGAAAGGAAAUAGGGGAUAAGGACCAUCCUCGUGUGCUGAUCCCAGGGCUCUGCAGACUCUUCUAUAAGCUGGGCUGGGUGACAGGAACCGGGGGAGGAAUAAGCCUGCGGCAUGGUGAGCACAUUUAUAUAGCUCCCUCAGGUGUUCAGAAGGAGAGAAUACAACCAGAUGACUUGUUUGUGUGUGAUAUUGAUGAGAAGGACAUCAGUUGUCCACCUCCACAGAAAAAGCUGAAGAAAAGCCAAUGCACGCCCCUCUUCAUGAACGCCUACACAAUGAGAGGAGCUCAGGCAGUUAUCCAUACACACUCAAAGUCUGCUGUCAUGGCAACUCUCAUGUUUCCUGGCAAGGAAUUCCGCAUCACGCAUCAAGAGAUGAUCAAGGGGAUUCGAAAAGGAAACUCUGGUACAAACUACAGGUAUGAUGACACUCUAGUUGUUCCAAUUAUUGAGAACACCCCAGAGGAGAAAGACUUAAAAGAGCGCAUGGCCCGAGCCAUGGACAUGUACCCCGACUCCUGCGCUGUUCUCGUCCGCAGACAUGGGGUCUACGUCUGGGGAGAGACCUGGGAGAAAGCAAAGACAAUGUGUGAAUGUUAUGACUACUUAUUUGACAUAGCUGUGCAGAUGAAACAGUGUGGCCUGGAACCCUCUGCUCUUCCUACUGAAGAUAAAGGCAUUGUUUGAUACAUUUAAGUCUGUAAAGUUACCAAAUGUUACCACUAUGUUUUCAAAAUAAUAAAUGCUUAAUGCAUUUUUGCACAAAAUCUAUGAUGUUCACAACAAUAUUCUUUUCAGUAAUUGUUUUUUUUUUUUCUUUUACAAAGUGUAAUGUCAAUUACCUGCAAACAGAAUGCAAUGUAAG